AAUAAAAGAUAUUACCUCAUCUGACAAGCCUUUAUCUCAUUUAGGGACUGACAUCAUCACAACUACAGCAGCUCUGCUUUCACUGCCGGUGUGAGCGAUAGACUCUGUGUCCUGUUCCCCCGGUGCUUCCUGUUGCUCCCUGUUUGUGCCUCGCUGUCUCUGGAACUGUGGAUGGACAGCAAGCCGAGGAGCCGAGCGUUCUACCGAAGGCCUACGUGUAGACCCUGAUGGUUGAAUGAAUGAAGGAUGAAAAUGCUCCCUGGAGUGGGUGUGUUUGGAACUGGCAGCGCCGCCCGGGUCCUGGUACCCUUGCUGAGGGCAGAAGGGUUCUCCAUCGAAGCACUGUGGGGGAAGACCGAAGAGGAAGCCAAGCAGCUGGCAGAGGAAAUGAACAUCUCCUUCUACACGAGCCGCACCGACGAUGUGUUGCUGCACCAGGACGUAGAUUUGGUUUGCAUCAAUAUCCCCCCACCUCUAACUCGGCAGAUUGCUGUGAAGGCUCUAGGAAUAGGGAAGAACGUGCUCUGUGAGAAAGCUGCUACCUCUGUGGACGCCUUCAGGAUGGUCACGGCUGCCAGGUAUUACCCCAAGCUGAUGAGCAUCGUCGGCAACGUCCUGCGCUUCUUGCCCGCCUUCGUGAAGAUGAAGCAGCUGAUAGAGGAGCACUACGUGGGCAACGUGAUCAUCUGCGACGUCCGGGUGUACGGGGGCAGCCUGCUCAGCCACAAGUACAACUGGAUCUGUGAUGAGCUGAUGGGAGGAGGGGGGCUGCACACCAUGGGCACCUACAUUAUCGACCUCCUGACCCACCUCAUCAGCAGGAGGGCAGAGAAGGUGCACGGGCUGCUCAAGACCUUCGUGAAGCAGAACACGGCCAUCAGCGGGAUCCGCCACGUCACCAGCGACGACUUCUGCGUCUUCCAGAUGCUGAUGGGCGAGGGGGUCUGCUGCACCGUGACCCUCAACUUCAACAUGCCCGGCUCGUUCAUCCACGAGGUCAUGAUCGUGGGGUCCGCCGGGCGCCUCAUAGCCCGCGGGACGGACUUGUACGGGCAGAAAAACACCGCCCUCCAGGAAGAGCUGCUGUUUACAGACUCGCUGAGCGUCAACAAGGGCCUUUUGGACAAGGGCUUUAAAGACAUCCCGCUGCUUUACCUAAAGGGAAUGGUGUACAUGGUGCAAGCCCUGCGGCAGUCCUUCCAGGACCAGGAAGACCGUCGGACGUGGGACCAUAAACCUGUGUCCAUGGCAGCCUCUUUUGAGGAUGGCCUGUACAUGCAAAGUGUGGUAGAGGCCAUCAAGAAAUCGAGUAGGUCGGGCGAGUGGGAGGCUGUGGAGGUGAUGACCGAGGAACCAGAUGCCAACCAAAACCUCUGUGAGGCACUUCAAAGAAAUAACUUAUGAAUAUUCCUGCCUUGGAAAAUAGGACAAUUAACACUUCUGGCUGUAAUGUAAAAAAAAAAAAAAAAAACCCUCUGUUUUUAAGAUAUGUAUAUUCUUAUUUAAUAGCCUGAGUUUCUUGGUUUUUUAAAACGUGUGAAAUAAUGUUCUGAUAGGAACUGUUCUGGUUUAAAUUGUUUAAAAGAGUUUUAAAUGUUUCUGUUUUUAGCAAACAUUUAAUUUUUUUGUCUUGGAGACUGGUAGGAAAACUUGAAUUGCCCUUUGCACUUGCAGUAGCUGAAGUGAAUCAUGGGAUCUCUGCCGUUGCACGGCUUGGAAAUGGGAUACAACCCCUGUUGCACAGGUCUGAUUUAACCAUGAGAGCAAUGUAGAGCAAGAUCAGGGAGUAUCUGUUGUUCAGAUGCCUUUUUCUUCUCUCGGAGACUGAUUUACAUUUUAAUCCUCUGUUUGUAAAAUUUUAUAAAACAUUUUAGUGAUGUAACAGGUCUCUAAACUCCCGUAGGACAAAAAGUAGAAGGAAUGGAUUAGAGUUUGCAACAUAAGGAUCGGCCUUUUGUCUUCCUACACGUGGCAGAUGUCUUUCAAAUUCAUUUAAACUGGUGUUUUAUUUAAAUUAUACUACAAUUCUCUGUUGUUGGUGUCUUGGCAGGAAAACCUUCAGGAAGUCUGUGAUACAUUGUGCUAUUCUACCAUAUCUGUAGACGUUAUUCCUUCUACUGAAGAGGCUGCCUGCAUCCAGCAGCUCUUUUUCCAUAAGCUGUGUGUCUGUCAGUUGUGUUUACUGCCUGGCAGCCCUGGUGCCAUGCCUGUGGGGCCACGUUCUCAUUUCUGUGAUUAUUAAUAAAUGCCUCCCAGGGGUCACAGGACUGCCACGGUGUCGUGGGUAAUGAAGUUGUUCAGCAUUAGCCUUCCUGGGACCCGAAGGUGGAAGGAAGGAGGUAUUUCCUACCUCUUGCAGCUCUCUUAACGUGCUGGCUGGGUCACUGUCACACUACACACAUCCUGAUCCUUGAGAGAACGGGGACUGAACUGCCAUGGGUAAAUCUGCUCCCGAUCUCAAACACUGGCUGUUAACCCUCUGGUCCUGCCCAUCUUCAUGUCCUCCUGCAGCUUGUGUCCAGUGGAGAGAUUUGCUGGCAGACGAUGGGUGGAAGUUCAUUCCUUCUGGGAAAUGUUUCUCUCUGAGGCAGGUUUGUGGAAAGGAUAGUCCAAUUUUAACUAUGUUUAUUUUGUGUACUUGAAAGCUUUUUUUAAACAAAAUGUUCUCCCACUAAAUUGUAACCCUGUGUAUUUAUGGAUAUUAACAUGCACGCUGCUGUUUGAUAAGCUGGACCUUCCUGAAAAGUAUCAUGUUUUCUACAGAAAUAAAAAGAUGUGUUUGUUGAGGGCAUUCUUUA